UAUUUUUUCCGUCUUACACAGAAUGAAGAAGUCUCUGAAAAGUUUAAUUGCCAGUUUGGCAACCCCUGCCCCAGCGAUUCAAGUCGGAGAAGAUAUUGAGGAUGAAACUUCGGCGAAGAUAGUUGAAUCCGACGAGGAGCUUCAGUUCACGAGUGGCGGCAGAAGGAAGAGCGACUGGGAUGCAGGCGAUGACUUACGUUACAAGGGGAAAAAGAUUUCUCGGAAAAAAAUGGAAGACUUUGAAACCCUAGCAAUUCCCGAAACUGGAGAUCUUUCUGGAUCGGAUGACGAUGAAAUCAGCGAUGUAAAUGAAAAUGAUGGCGAGAUAUCUUUACAAAAAGGAAGUGUUUCCUGUUCUGAAUUGGAUGAGGACAGUGACGAGGGAAGCGAUGAUCCUGAGGAAAAUGAAUUAGAUGAAGAUGAUAUGGGUGACGGAAAAUUGGAAGAUGGCGAAGACUCCGCUCAAGGAAGCGAAGAAGACGAUGAAGAAGGUUCAGACGCUGAAGAUGAAGAAAAUAGUUUUGAUGAUGAUGAUGAGGCGAAUAGAGAAGAAAAGGGUCUCGGUUCGGAUCUUCAGGGUUUUCAGACGAACGUUUUCACGAAGACAACUGACCAGUCGGCCGAGCUAACGAAGGGCCGGGUUGUCAAGCGCCAGCUUGAGGAUUGGGACACGUUCCUUCAAUGGCGAAUACAAAUGCAGAAACUUCUCCAAUCAGUAAAUCAAGUGCCUGACUGGCAGAACCACUCCGAUUUUAUACAAGCUGGUGACAAGGAUUUUAGAGAAUCAUUUAUCAAGGCCAAAGCGUCAAUCAAAAAGCUCCUUGUUUCCUUCAUAGAAGUUAGAGAAGCCGUUGCAGAUAGUUUGAAGUCUUCAACCAAUUCAAAAAACGGGCAUGAAGGAGACGACGUUGAUGAUGAUGAAGAAAUUACGAGUAGUGAAGAAAAUGAGACUCUCAGCGCCGAAGAAGUUUCUUCAGACGACGAAAAAAUAACACGAAAAAAAUUUAUCAAAAAGCCGUCGCGUCGCCGAAUGAACCCGUCACAGACAGUUGAAGAGUUGGACGAAAUACGUCGCAAAGGCUUCGCUGAGUCCAGAGAUCUUCGCGAAGGCAUUCUUCAGGAAUGGAGUGAAAAAACCCAACUUGCCUCGCGUACGUCAAAAGCCAAGACAGGAUUCGCCUCGUUCGAACAGUCCGCUCUCCAACAAGUUAAUCACAUCCUAGCUGACAAAGCUAGAUUACUGAAAAGAACCAGAUUGCAAAGAUCGAACUACGCCAUCCUUGGUAAAAGGAAGGCACCAAAACCCGAGAUAAUUUCUGCCGUGGAUGAAGAAAUCUGCAAUCCAGAGAUAUUCGACGACGAUGAUUUCUACCAGAAUUUACUGCGGGAAUUUAUUGAGAAGAAGGUUUCAGUCGAUGGGAACUCAAAUCUUGUCGGGCAGCAGUGGUUGGAGAUGCAAAAUCUAAGGAAAAAGCUUAAGAAGCCACGAUUGGACCGCGAGAGCAAAGACCGGCGGAUAAAAUAUGAAGUUCAUCCUAAAAUGGUGUCAUUCAUGGCGCCGAAGCAUCCACCUCUCGAUGCUUUGUCGGACGAAGCUCGCAACGAGCUUUUUUCGUGCCUUUUCGGUAAAAAUUUCCUCGACGGUAAAACCGAAUAAAGGACCAUUUCGUAAGCAA